AGUGAUCAUCAUCAUUGUUUGAAAGUUGUUGAAAGUGAAGAGAAACAUUAUAGUCAAAAUGAUGAAGGAGCUUCGCAUAAAGAACAUCCUCACUGGCCUCUUCACUUCGGCGCUGUGCUUUGGACUCUCUAUGGCAUCGUAUCCCGACAGCGUAAACGUGGCUUCACGCUCGUCUGGUCUGCAGGGCUGUCGGGCGACUACCACUUCCGUACGCUUCAGGACCCUGACGAUGCGGGGCCCAAAAUCGAUGGUGACGUACCGACGCUUUCCGAUUACGGCGAGCGAUUUGGCUUGGGUCACUAAUGCGUCUCAAGUGAUCACAGCGACGGAUGUGGUGCAGUGUGCGAGAAAGUCCGCCUUGGCAGAUAUGACUGCCUUUGCGUUUGAUGGAGCCUGUACGACUUACAAAUUCAACAGCAAACCUUCUUCCUGUCUUGUGGGCGAGAAAGUCAUUUAUUUGGCGAACUCCAGCAUUUCUUACGGACCUCCCGCGACUGUACCUUUCGGCACUGCUCCCUACAUCAAGACUACUGUCGAAAAUAUUGAAUUCAAGCAGUACCAGCUGGUGAACUUUUUCUCUGAUUUGUUUUCUAAUUCUGCAUUGAUGCAACCUUUUGAGAGCGUGGUCACAAUUCACCAGUACUUUUACGUCUUCCCACGAGAAGAAGGCGGCAACAUCGCUGUUCAUUCGGGCGCUUUGGACGUGGCUUCUUGCGUCACCGACACCCCAUGCGGGCUGCCCGUCCUCGUCAACACAACUCGGCUGACUUAUUACAUACUAAACGAAUGCGGCAACACCAUCCAACUAGCUGAAAAUACAGAGAUUUUGGUGUUCUCACACCCCGGGUUUGGAUGCAAGGCUUUCCCCGACGGUCAUACCUACAACUGCAGCGUCACCUUCACGGCAGCUAAGCUAAGGGAAUAUCAAAGUGCCGGUCUUUUCGCUGGUGCUGAUGGGUCCUGUGACGGCUACACGAUGAGCGCUCAAAAAAAUUCAAACGAAAACCUUGAUUUGUGCAAACCUUUAAAACCCGGCUCCUUCUACAACAUAACUAUCGCCAUCCGAGGAACUGUGGCUGCGAAGACGUUCAAAGCGGGGUUCUUCAUUUUUACUUUGUAAGACUGAGCUUGGGAGUAGACUGUUAACCCUCUUCAGACUCCAUAAUACCGCGGAGUUAUAAUCGUACCGAGUGUAGAAAUACAAUAAGAAAUUUGCAGUCCAACUAGGAUUAUACGUUGUAGAAGAGGGACAGGACGGGAUCGAGGUAGCCGAGGCUUUGUUGAACCGACAGAGGAAUGAGAUGUUUCGGCGCCAUUUUUAUCCUCCGUAAUUAAUUUUAGAGAAAACCAGAAUUUUCUCCUGUCUUUGGAUAUGAUUGGUGAUAAUUUCUACUAAUAGGUUUUGCUUCUGAUUUUGACGUAGUGCGACAUAGGCAAAACUUCAACAAGGCUUUCGAUACAGUGUUUUAUUAUGGGCAUCGUUUAAUGUGGUGCAACGCGUUUUGGAUGUUUGUGCACAUGGCCUUCCUGAUAUUUUUGAACGUGUGAAUUUUUCUUAAUUAACACACCGCUUACGUCAAUUGCUCCUCAUGACAUAAAUCCUUCAGAGCAACGCCCGCAACAGGGAAGUUCAUUAUAGUGAGUUAUUAAUAUUGCCAAUCCAGUAUAUUUAAAAUAAAAAGAUGAUUAUUCUAGUGUUGCUUAUCAAUUUCAAAAUAGUAUGUUUUUUGGUGGUGGUGCCAAUCUUUGAGCGUUGGGGGCACCUGGCGCCCCCUCGUUGCUUGAAGUAAACCCUGCAUAUAAGCAUGGGAACGGCAUGGGUAUGGAGCAGUAGGAAUUAAAAAGGGAAAUUAAUUUAUACGGCACAUGUAAACUGUCAUGAAUUUGAUUGCAAGGCAAGAUGGGUAGAAGCAACUUCGGGUUGCUCAAAACUUAGGGUUGAAGACAACACAGGAUUCUAGAAAGGUUGAGGGCAGCGUCAGGAAGACAGGCAACGCUGUGGUGGCAUGAGCAGUUCAGAGGGUUGUUGGUGACGCUGGGCUGUACUCAAUUUUUUACCAUAUUUUGGACACAUACGACGCAGUGAACAACGCACGAAUGUUGUUACUUGAGCUGUGUGAAGUGGUGAUGCCACGCACGAGUGCUGUUACUUUAGCUGUGUGAAGUGGUGAUGACACGCACCGUGACGCACGGGUGCUGUUACUUUAGCUGUGUGAAGUGGUGAUGCUACGCACGAGUGCUGUUACUUGAGCUGUGUGAAGUGGUGAUGCCAUGCACGAGUGCUGUUUAUCUGGGCGCAGUAGUGAUGCCAAGCAUCUUUGCUGUUUCUACAGCUGUAUCAAGAACUUUUUUCGACUUUGUGCAGCUCAGAAUUCACAUUUUUGCUCAAAAAAAAUAACUGUUGAGACGCUGAGCCCGUGCAAUUAAACCUUUCGUUGCCACAACCUUAGUAAAUCUGUCCGGAGAAUCAAAUCGACUAUGGCAGAGGAAUGAAGAACACAUAAUUAGAAUUUUCCUUUUGUCGAUGAUACAAAACCGGUACUCGCUGAAUUGACCAGAUCUGCAUCAUUUGUUCUUCAAUUGUAUAAAUACUUCUCAAAUUUACUGCAAUUCUAGCCCUGUCUGUGCUUAAAAUUUUGUCGUGUUAAGGAUAGGUUGAAAUUUAUGUGUUUCAUCUUUGUAUUUGCGUGCUGCUAAUGAAACUGAAUGUACACAUUGAAGCUCCGAAAUUUAUCUAUUAAUCUGUCAUGAUAACUUCCGUCGCUUGCUGAAUUCUCGACCCUGCAAUUAUCAGUUGUACGGCUAAACACUCAAUCCUAAUUGGGGCAUCUUUGCGGCAAUAAUUGGGGAUCAGGACGGGCAUUACUUAUGUACUCAUGCUUUGCCCGCCACUUUGUCGUUUGUUCAAGUCAAAGCUGUACUAAUAUUCCAACCUCUUGUUAGUUUUCUCCGUUGUUGUUUUCGGUCUCAGAUUUGAUUCAGCUCCCCAGUAAAUGUGUUGCAUUCA